UUUAAAUAGAUAGAAAUCAAUGAAAUUAUACAAAAUGAACGAGUUGUUUUAGAAAUUUUCCUCUCUCUUCUCUGCAUUAUAUUUAAUCGAAGCCUAGUAAGUGAUGGAACCCGUGCAAGACAGCGAAUCAUCACAAGUUAUUCAACUUAAUAAGGAUGUUUUAAAUGACGACACAGUCACACAUCGAGACAAAGAUUAUAACUUUUCACCUGAAACAACUAAGGACACCAUUACUCCUGAAAAUGUGAAUACUAUCAAAUCACCUUCAUGUGCUGUACCGAGUGAAAAUACGAAUAGCAUGAUUAGUCACCUAACAAACGGAUUUUUGUCAGAAGUACAUCCGCAACUGGCGGAGAUGAGAACACAGACUAAAGAAAUAUGCAAAAGCCAAUGUAUUCUGAUUGAUUCCUUUAAAUUGGAAAAUAAGAAAUAUGAGGAUAAUCAAGACUUCGAGGAGCUUACCAAAAUGAUAUCAUCAAUUCAAACAUAUUACACAAAAUUGAAGAGGGUCAAACAAGAUAUGGAUCAAAUGGAUGAGCGUUUAAGAAAAUUGAAGAAGAGAUCUCUUAAGUUGAAAGAAAGACGGGAAAAACAGGAUAAGGAAGAAGCGGAAAGAAGAGAAAAAGAAUUGGUUUUAGAACGAGAACUUAUGGCCAAAAAGACAGUGAAAUGAUUUGUGAUAUAUACAUCACCAACUUGUCCACAGUGCCACACAUAAUCUGUGACAUAAUUUAUCUUUCAGUAAAUAUAAAGCAAUGUAUUUUAAGCAUUAGUAUUUUAUUAUGCAUAUUUUUAUUUAUUGUUUUUCAUUUUUUUAGGGUAGACAUCCAUAAUGUUUUACAUGAGUAAGUUUCACACGGAAACCUUAUUUUAGCUAAUUUUUUCAGCCAUCAUUUAUACACUCUAGUUAUUCUUCUACAUCUAAAUUGGAAGCUAAAUAAAAAUAAUUUGGUACAUAGUA